CUUACCGAGUUUUUCUCCGACUUUUAAGUGCGACAGAUCCGGAUUCUGUUUCUCCCGCAUGCAUAUAUCUCCAUCUUAAUCCAUGGGCCCAGUUGCCACACUAGAAUCCUCAUCUCAUCUCAGAUCCCGUUUCCCCCCACGCAGAUUCUACAACUCUUUGCCAAAAAACGGAGGGGAGAACAAUGGCCGGUGCAGCUGCUACCACGCUCUGUUGUUUCCUUGCGAUGCUCAUGCUUCUCGCAACCACCCCUGCUACCGCAGGGCCGUCCGAGUGCGAGCUCAAGGGGAACAGAUUGUGUGUGGCCAAGGCGGAGGUGGGGGAGGAGCGGCUGCAGGCGGCGCUGGACUACGCGUGCGGACACGUGUCCAACUGCAGCGCCAUCCAGCCCGGGGCGCCCUGCUGGAACCCCAACACCAGGCUCGCCCACGCCUCCUACGCCUUCAAUGACUACUUUCAGCGCCAAGGCCGCUCGCCCUUCGCCUGCGACUUCGACGGUGUCGCCCAGAUCGUCCACCCUGACCCCAAGCCUGCAGAGAAGAAGUGCAAGCACAAGCCUGUCCACUUCAACUCCCCGGUUUGCGGGAAGCGGUCGUGCAAGGAGGACUGCAUCAAGAAAAACCCCGACAUGAUCAUCGACAGUGCCUAUUGUACUCGCAAGCAUGGCCUCCGCUAUUGCAACUGUGUCGUGUGCUACAAGGGUUAAAGUCUCCAUUGCUAGUGCUAGCCACUUUAGCUUCUAGUUCGGUGUUCGGUGUGGCUUGUCACACUUUUUCCGGUUUCAGGUAGGAAGUUCCGCGAUCGCAACAGUCUCGUUGGAUUAGAAUUUAGUUUGCUAGCUAGUAGGACUAUUCUUCUAUAUGUAAUCUUCUAGCUAGU